UGGCUCCGCAGCCCUAACAGGGAGGAGCACGCCACCGCUCCCUCAGAGGACCCGUCCCACCCGCCACUCUGGCUCCGCACCCACAACAGCCACGCCCCAGCCAGGGCAACAGCUUCGGCGCCCGCAGGACGCAGGCGCCGCGGCGGUAGCGAGCGGGAGUGCGCGGGCGAGGUUCGCUUUCGUCGUCUGCGCACAGGCGGAAGGUGUGGACGCGCGCAGCGGGGCGUUCCUCGCCUUUCCUCCCCGCCGAGCGAGGUCCCUGCCAACCACCCCCUCCUCUCCGCGCCCAAAGGGGCCGGUUGUGCGCGCCGCGAUAGCAGGCGGGCCCCGAGGAGGGAUGGUGGGGGAACGGCCGGGGGCGGGCGCGGUGCUGGGCGCAGGGCUGCUGGCGAGGCUGGGUUUGGUGCUGUACGGCCUGCACCAGGAUGGGGCGAUGCGGGUACGUUACACCGACGUUGACUACCGGGUCUUCACCGACGCGGCGCGGCUGGUGACUGAGGGGCGGUCGCCCUACGGACGAGCCACCUACCGCUACACCCCGCUCGUGGCCUGGCUUCUGACUCCCAACGUCUACUUCGCUGAGGUCUUCGGGAAACUGCUUUUCGUGGCGGGGGACUUGGCGGCUGCUGUCGUCGCCUACCAGACCCUGCGGCACCGAGGUGUCGCCGUCGGUCAGGCUUGCGGGUGCUGCGCCGCCGCCUGGCUCCUUAACCCUCUCCCCAUGGCCGUCUCCAGCCGGGGCAAUGCAGAGGCCGUAGUUGCGUUGCUGGUGCUCGCUACUCUCUACUUUGUGGAGAAGGGGAGCGUAGGGAAAGCCGCAGUCUGCUACGGGCUGGCGGUGCACAUGAAAAUAUACCCACUGACUUACGCGCUGCCCAUAGCGCUGCAUCUGCAGAGCAAACAGUGCAGAGAAGGGGCAGUGGGUCUGGGCAGCGACAAAAAAACAAAGUUUGCAUUCGUAGCAUACUUAUGGCAGCUUUUUGUCAAGAUUUUGAACCGCAAAACACUGCUUUUUGGAACUGUUGCUGGAUCUGUGGUAGCCGCCCUGACUGUUAUGUUUUAUAACCUCUACGGCUGGGAGUUUUUGGAGCAUGCCUAUUUCUACCACCUGAUCAGGAGAGAUACCCGUCAUAACUUCUCUCCCUAUUUCUACAUGUUGUACCUCACUGCAGAGAGCAAAUGGAGUUUUGCUCUUGGGCUUGCUGCUUUCCUACCCCAGCUGCUUUUGCUCCUGGUUGUGUCCUUAGCAUUUUACAGAGAUCUUCCCUUCUGUUGUUUCCUACACACUGCUGUUUUUGUGAGUUUUAACAAAGUAUGCACAUCCCAGUACUUUGUCUGGUAUCUCUGCCUUUUGCCCCUCGUAAUGCCUAGUGUUAAGAUGUCCUGGCGUCGUGGUACGCUGCUGCUCUUCCUGUGGUUUGUUGGACAAGGCCUGUGGCUUGCAUCUGCCUACUUUCUGGAGUUCAAAGGAUACAACACAUUUUUACUUAUAUGGUUGGCAGGCUUGCUUUUCCUUUUCAUUAAUAGUCUCAUAAUUGUUCAGAUUAUUUCACAUUAUCAAAGAGAAGCACAAGUUGCAAAAAAACUUAAGCAACAGUAAUAAACCAAAAUCCAGAAACAGCCAUACUGUCCUUUUUAAGAAUUUCCAUACCACCAGCACCAUCUCUAGUGUAAAUGCAUGUCCUUUGUACUAUAGCAUGAAUGUAUGCAGAUCUGGGGUGUGCUUGUGAGGGCACUGCUUGACCUUCAUUGCCUUGCAUAUCCCCAGUGUGUGUGCAGUUGUACCUGUCUCCCUUGUGGGCCUGGAAACUGGCUGGUAAACUUUCCAGCAUUGGUUCCAGCCCUGUCUUCUGCUGCUCCUGAGUGAACUCUGAAGGGAUCAUGAACCAGUUCUUCAAUUGCCAUGUGUGAGGCUCCAUUACCAGCAUCUGUCUCCACUUGCCAUUUUGAGACCAACACCCUAGUCAGUGAGAGUAUAGCCCGUCAUGGGGGUCAUCCUCAGUUCCUUCAUAUAGCCCUUCAUGGAGCAGCUGCAAUCUUAUUACCCAGUACUGACUGUUACUUUGCUUGUUGAGGACUGUGGCCUUUUCUGUAGAAAAACACAGGAGAUUACAAAGGAAUGUUG